AUGGAGGUUAAAGAAUACUUUGAGUUAUACCCCUUGAAUUUUUACCCAUAUUUGGUGCCUCCGUUAAAAUCAUGUUUGACUCCUCAUCCAGCUUGUAAUGUAGGAUUGGAUCAUUCGAAUACAACAGCAUAUUGGAUGGAAAUCAGUGAUUAUUUCUGUUUUCUGGCUCUGCCAGUAAUUAUGUUAUUCGCUAUAGUAACGGAAGUAAUUUGCAUAAUGGUGCUAGCACGACAAAUACGAAUGUCUCUAGAUACAUAUUUACUUGGUUUGUCCAUUUCAACUAUCUUGUUAAUUCUGACUACUACAGUUCUUGGAUUGCAGCAUUAUAUAGGUCAGAAUGAUUAUAUUGUGUAUUUACAAGGCUACGCGAUCAGUUGUCGUGACUGGUUCUGGUAUACGUCAAUCUGGCUGAUUGUCAUGAUGAGUUUCGAACGAGCGUUAACCGUGUCAUCAUCAACGACCACAAUAUUGUGUACAAGUACUCAAGCAGGAGUUGUCGUUGUUAUGGUAUUCUGUGUAGGUCUAGUGAGCGCGCUCCCGCGAUUCUGGGAAUACCAAGCUCAAGAUGGAUACGACUAUUCCAAUAAUUCCACUGUCCUGAUUUCCAAAAAAACGGAAUCCACCAUGACGGUUGAAUACAACACAAUGUAUUUUUGGUACGUUAAAAUCAUAACCAUGUUUCUCCCCUACACCAUGAUGCUAGCGACAUCUAUAACGUUAAGUUGUAAAACCCGGCAGUCAACCAUCAUGAAGCGUUAUUCCUCUGUUAAACAUUCCAACGCCUUAACAUUAAAUCGUAAAAUAAAGGAGGAGGUAACUCUUUCGAAGCUAUUGAUACUGUUAAUAGUUACAUACAUUUUGUUCACCACGCCUAUGUGUUUAUUGGAUCUUCUAGGCUAUAUGACUCCACAUUGGAUCAGCCCUACCAGUCGUAUCUAUGCUAGUUUAUAUAACCUGUUCACGGUGCUCUUCUAUCUUCAAUAUGCACUUCAACUUAUCAUCUAUUUCUGUUACAAUAAACAGUUUCGUUUGACGCUGUUAGGAAUAUGCUGUUGCUGCUGUUGA